AUGGCCAAAAUUUUCAGUUUCUUGAAUCACAUAAUACUGCCGCUACUGAUAAUAAUCACAAUUUCACUUCCAACCUCAAUUUCUCAGCUUCAGGAGCCUACAAACACCCCAAAUGGUGUCUGCAAUGGAGUAGUGAUACAAUAUAAUUAUGACACGGGCUAUCAAAUCCCACCAACCCUUUUGCCAGGUGCCCCCGAUAAACAGCCCUACAGGUUUGAAUCCACCUUAACAGUUCUCAAUGCUGGGUUUGAAGAGCUCAAGAAUUGGAAGGUUUUCGUGGGAUUUCAGCAUAAUGAAUACUUGUACUCGGCCUCUGAGGCUGUGCUUGAUGAUGGUACUUCUUUACCGGGUAAUGUCAGCCAGGGUGCAGUUUUUUCAGGGUCUCCGGUGACUGACCUCAAGACAUCUGUGGAGACUGCUGGAGACCUUAAUCAGAUGAUGGCUCGGGUAGAAUUGGUAGGUACACAGUUUGGUGUUGCACCUCCUAAUGCUCCCCUGCCUUCUAAUCUUAGUCUUGCUAAUGAUGGCUACUUGUGCUCCGGUUCUAACAUGCCACAAGGAGUCAAUUUGACACAAGUCUGCUGCAUCAGAGACUUAAACGCAAGAUCCAACAUCACUACAGAACAGGAGUCACCCCUCCAAUCUGGUGAUAUAAGCAUAAUGUACGAUGUGACGAGUGCUUACGAAACAAAUUACUGGGCACAAGUCACAAUCUCCAAUGAGAACCCCAUUAGCAGACUAGAUUAUUGGAAGUUAACUUGGGAAUGGAUGAGGGAAGAAUUUAUCUAUCAAAUGAAAGGCGCUUAUCCAACUGUUCUUGAUACAAAAGAAUGCUUUUUUGGUGCACAGGGAGAGUACUACAAAGACCUUGAUUUUUCGAUUGCUGUGACUUGUGAAAGACGGCCAACAAUCAUUGAUCUCCCUCCUGACAGAACAAAUGAUACUAAACUUGGUAUGAUACCCUUUUGUUGUCGAAAUGGAUCACUCCUGCCACCAACAUUGGAUCCGACUAGGUCGAAAUCAGCGUUUGUAAUGCAAGUUUACAAAAUGAAGCCAGACUUGAAUAGGACUCAGAUAUAUCCUCCCAUGAACUGGAAGAUUAAUGGCACAUCUGGCCCUGAAUAUCAAUGUGGACAGCCGGUUCGAGUGAGCUCGAGCUUUUUCCCAAAUCCUCAAGGGCUAAGUUCCGACGUAUCAGCAGUUGCUAGUUGGCAAAUAGUAUGCAACAUUUCGCAAGCACAAACGCCCCAGAAGAAGCCAAAUUGUUGCGUAUCAUUUUCCUCAUUUUUCAAUGAUUCUGUCGUUCCAUGCAACACUUGCGCCUGUGGCUGCAACCUGAAUCCAAGCAAUAUGUGCAAUGCCACUGCACCAGCUCUUCUUCUACCUCCUGAUGCACUUCUAGUCCCAUUUGACAACCGAACUAAGAAAGCCAUUGAAUUCAGUAAACUAAAGCACCGCCAUUUGCCCAAUCCUCUGCCCUGUGGAGAUAACUGUGGAGUCAGCAUUAACUGGCACUUGCUUUCAGAUUUUGAAGAUGGCUGGACUGCAAGAAUUACGCUCUUCAACUGGGGAGACACAAGCAUUGCGGAUUGGUCUGCUGCAGUGGAACUGGAUAAAGCUAUGCCUGGCUUUGAGGCAGUCUAUUCAUUUAAUGGAACUAUUAUUCCUGAUUCUAACAAUACUCUAUUUUUAUAUGGCCAUCCAGGCUUAAACUACCUUGUUGCAGAAACGGAAGCACGCAAACCAAGGAAAGAUCCCCCAAUUCCUGGCUCGCAGCAGUCUGUGAUAUUAUUUACAAAGAAAAAGACACCCGGAAUUAAUGUGCCUCGUGGUGACGGAUUUCCCAGUAAAGUUUACUUCAAUGGGGAGGAGUGCUCUCUCCCUACAAGGCUUCCAAUUAGCUUCACUCACCGUUUGUCAGCAGCAUCCGCUAGUAUCACCAUCCUUCUGAGUCUGUUUGUUCUUAUGGCUGUGUUACAGUAGCU